AUCCCUUCGUGCUCGGUACCGGUGAGGCCACACCUCAAGUACUGCCUUCAGUAUGUCCUACUGGCCCACUCACUUCAGGAAGGGCAUUGAAGUGCUGGAGCGUUCCAGAGAAGGGCAGCAAGGCUCGUGAAAGGUCUAGAAAACUUGUCUUGCAGAAAUGGGCGAGGAAGCCGGGAUUGUUUCCUCUCAACAAGAGGAGGCUCUUGGGGGAUCUCAUUGGCCUCUACAACUGCCUGAAAGGAGCUUGCAGUGAAGUGAGCACUGGUCUCUUCUAUGGCUACAGAGAGGACAAGAGGAAAUGACCCAGAGCUGACACAGGGGAGACUCAGAUUAGAUAUUAGAAACAUUUUCACUGUUAAGGUGGUCAAGCACUGGAAUAGGUUGCCCAGGAAUGUGGUGGAGUCACCACCCCGGAGGUGUUUAAGAGGCACCAGGAUCUGGUGCUGGGUAAUGUGGUUUAGUGCCUUAGGGGUUACGGUGACAGUGCUAGGUGGAUGGUUGGACUCAAUGAUCUCAAAGGUCUCUUCCAGCCUUGAUGAGUCUGUGAUUGUGUUGGUGUGUGCCCACCAGCAAUAUGCAGUGGCACCAGAUGGGUAGUGCUAUAGUACUGGCAAUGGAGAAGUCAAGCAAUGGCAUCACAGCAAAAGUACAUCCUCUGGAUGUUACAGUACAAUGAUAUUAGUCACUGAGAGCCAAGCACAUGCAAAAUAAGGAAGAAGUAAGGGUAAGCUUGUUAUUCAGUACCUUAACAAAAAAUUAUGUUUUAAGCCUUGUAGGAAAGAGGGAACAUGGACCUUAAUUCUUCUAUAACUCCCUGGCUUGGGAUGGCUAGGAGGUCUUGUCUGUCAUGGUCCUAAAGAAAAACCCCUGAAACACUCUGCUCCACUCUUGAGACCCCAUCCAGAGACCUGCAUCGAGGUCUGAGGUCCUCAGCACAAGACAUAAACCCAUUGGAGCAGGUCCAGAGGGAGGCCGAGAAAAUGGUCCGAGGGAUGAAGGCUUCACCCUAAGAAAGGCUGAGAGAGUUGGGUUUGUUCAGCCUGAAGUUUUUGAGGAUACCUUAUUGUGGUCUUUCAGUACUUAAAGGAGGCUUUUAAGAAAGCUGAAGACAGAUUUUUUUAAGAGGGCUAUAGUUAUAAGACAAAGGGUAAUGGUUUUAAAUGAGGGGAGAUUUAGACUAGAUACAAGGAAAAAAAAUUCUGCUACGAGGCUGGUGAAGCACUGUAACAGGCUGCCCAGAGUGGUGACAGAUGCCCCAUCGCUGGAAAUACUCAAGGUCACGUUGGACAGGGCUCUGAGCAAUCUGAUAUAGUUGAAAAUGUCCUUGCUCAUUGCAGGUGUUUUGGGCUAGAUGAUCUUUAAAAGUUCCUUCCAACCCAAACUAUUCUAUGGUUUUAUGACCUGGUUGGGCUCUCUUGGCCAUUGAGUCUAUGUAAGCAGUGCCCUGCAGAGAAGAAUCCUGUGUGUAGCUAAUCCCAGCUAUUCUGGUCCCAUGUGUAGUAUUACGAGUGGGUGUAGGGGAUGUCAGGGAGCAGCACGCUGCAGUGGGAGCACAGUACAUCUAUAGUCUGCCUGUGGCUCUCAGGGCAGGCACACAGUGCUGCUGCAUAACACUAGCUGCAUGGGGAAAAUAGAAGUGGAGAGCACAUUAAUUGCAAGCUAGUUUUGUUCAAUUCAUUGGGUCAGGUGCUAUCACCUGAUUUGUAUAAGUCUGUGCCUGUGAUAUGUCCUUGCCUGAAACUCAUACUAAUGGAUCCUGGGUACUGAGUGACUCUAAGAUUUGCAUUUGGAAUGCAAAAUGGAAAUAAAAUUUUUACUGAAAUGCUUCCAGCUUUAAGAGUGUCAGACAAAGCUCUGGAGAGACAGGAGGUGUGCUAUUUUCAGCCACGUUCCGGUGAGAGAGCCAUCGUGUAUGCGGGGGGGCACAGAGGGUGAGAUUGACAUGACACGUGUGUAGGACAACUCUGGCCCCUUACCAAGGGCAGAAUCAAAUGUCUAAUCAUAGGCAGAGCAGCAGCUGAGAGUUCAGAAGAGCAGUGAAGGCUGAGCUUGACAGUCUCAAUUCGUGUGUGUGUGUGAACUUCAAGGAGAAAGUGAGCAGAGGGCCUUGUGGGGUCUGGAGAGUGGUGGUGUGAACUGUGAAUAUGGGAGUAGAAGAUUCUGCCUGUUAAGAACUGGAGUCUACUGAAGUUGUGAAGACAAAGUAUCUAAAGCACAGAAAUCAUGGGAGCUGAAGAAGAAAUGCUCAUCACUCUGUCUGGAGGUGCCCCCUGGGGCUUCCGUCUGCAAGGGGGUUCAGAGCAGAAAAGACCCCUGCAAGUGUCAAAGAUUCGAAAGAGAAGCAAAGCGUGCCGUGGAGGCCUGUGGGAAAAUGAUGUUCUAGUAUCUAUCAAUGGGAAGUCAUGUGCUGGCCUGUCCCAUGCUAAUGCCAUGCAGAUCAUCGAUUCCUCCAACGGCACGCUCAACAUCCGUGUGAAAAGGAUAGUUGGUGGGGACCAGACUGGCCCAUGGCUCCAACGUUCCCCUUCUCCAGGACAGCGAGUGCUCUCUUCACCAUCCCUGCUCAGCCCCCCGGCACAGUUACUGAGCUCUGAACCAGCAGGAGCCCCAGCCACCACACAGCCCUCACAGCCCCCACAGCCCUCACAGCCCCCACAGCCCUCACAGCCAUGGAGGUCACAGAGGCACCUGGAGAGCCUCACGUCCCCACCAGACAGCGAGGCGUACUAUGGUGAGACAGACAGCGAUGCUGACAAUGUGGCGCAGGAGAAGCACCGCCGCGCUCGCAAGAAGAGCCCGCGCUCCCCCCCUGACAGCACCACCAGCUGUCACGCACCGCAGGACGAGGUGUCCCUGUCUGAACAGAGUGGCUACGAGAGCCUGCCGGAGGCUGCUGCGCAGGGGGCAGCAGAGCUGGCCAGCUCCAGCGGCGUGGCCAAGAGGGAGAUUGUCUGCCUGCCUGGCAGUCGCACAGACACUCCGUUCUCGGACAGCGAGGGACAGUUGCGGCCACCAUCAACAGAGGGACGGGAGCCCUCUCCAGAGGCAAUGCUCCUGCCCCAUGCCACCAAGGCUAUCCGAGCAGAGCGCCAUCUCAUCCCCAUGGUGGGGCCAGUGGAACACCCGAUUGACGAAGACCUAACCACCACCUACACAGAGAAAGCCAAGCAGGCCAAGCUCCACCGCCACGAAAGCAUCCAGGAGAAGAACGUGAAAGAAGCCAAAACUAAGUGCAGAACCAUUGCAUCCCUGCUGACAGAUGCACCCAACCCCCACUCCAAGGGGGUGCUGAUGUUUAAGAAACGCAGGCAGAGGGCUAAGAAGUAUACAUUGGUAAGCUUUGGCAGUGUUGAUGAAGACCGCUCCUACGAAGAGGAAGACGGAGUUUUUCCAACUAGUGAAUCUGAAUUUGAUGAGGAAGGUUUCUCUGAUGCCCGAAGCCUAACUAAUCACUCAGACUGGGACAACACUUACCUAGACAUUGAAAAGUCCAAAUCUGACUCUGAACAGAAGGAGGAGAAGCAAAAAGGUUUGAGUGAGGCCUCGGGUAAAGGAGCGCGAUUAUUUGAGCAGCAGAGGGAACGGGCUGGGAAGUACACAGUUGAGAAAACUCCAGUGCAGAAGAGCACAGAGGUUGCCCCAGCUGCCCAGCCAAAGCAGAGCACAGUGAACGGAGAUAUGCCUGUGCCAGAGAAGGCAGACAACGUGCCCCUCAGCAUCCACCUGGAAGGUGUGCAAAUGCCCAGCAAGCAGACAGCCACCAUCCCCACUCAGCUCCUGACUGCCCCCAGCCCCACCUUCUUCCCACCUCCCCCAAGCACCCCCGACCCCUUCUCUGCAAGUUCAACAAGCAUGUUCAACAGGUCUGCACGGCCCUUUACUCCUGGCUUUUCUGGCCAACGUCCAGCAACAUCCUCUGUCAUCUUUAGGCCAUCUGCGCCCAAAAAACCCACUGAAAGUCUGGGUGGGCAAAGCACGGUGGUUCCCCCUUUCUCACCUCCGGUUCCAGGAACACUUGCCAAUGCACCAGUGCCAACACAGCGUGGUCCAGUCAGCUCCUCCACAUCUCUGUAUAUUCCUGCACCAGGAAGACCAACAUCACCACUGGAGUCACAGCCAAAAGGGGGAGGAAGCGCUUCAGAGAUCAAGCCUUCUGCCAACACUGCCCGGACAUCCAGCACCUCUAUCUUUCUGUCAGCUCCCUCAAAGCCAGGGGGGGAUACGGCCUCUGCAGCGUCCCAGCCACGAGUCACUGGAACAGCCUCUUCUUCAUUGUAUAUAACUCCAGCACCAUCACAGCACAUGAGAAACAGCUCCCCUGUGCCAAAACAGCCUUCUCCUGCCAUCACUCCAGCAACGCCACGACCUCCUUCGGAACCCUUAACCUCCAGGGAGCAGAGGAUUGCUGUGCCAGCUCCCCGCACAGGCAUCCUGCAGGAGGCUCGCCGACGGGGCAACAAGAAAUCCAUGUUCAGUAAGAUUGAGGAGAAGAAGAAUUCACCCAACCCUGAGCUCCUGUCCCUGGUGCAGAACCUGGAUGAGAAGCCAAAAGGUGACCACCCUGGGGCAGGCUUUGAGUCUGGGCCUGAGGAAGACUUCCUCAGCCUGGGUGCUGAGGCCUGCAACUUCAUGCAGUCCUCAGGCCGCAAGUUCAAGACCCCACCUCCAGUGGCCCCCAAGCCUCAGCAAGAAGCUGGAUUGGUAAAUGGGGCCCAGGACAUGCCUCAGCUUAAAGGCAAGGGGGCAGAGCUCUUUGCCAAACGCCAGAGCCGCAUGGACAAAUUUGUGGUGGAAACAACACCAAAGCCAGAGUACAAGCCCAGGACCCCCUCUCCAUCCCCUUCUCUACCCUCAUGCUGGAAAUAUUCACCCAACAUCCGAGCUCCCCCCCCAAUAGCUUACAACCCAAUGCAUUCCCCUUUCUAUCCCCUGGCAGCCAGCAAAUCUCAGGCUAGCAAAGCAGAGAGCAAAGUGAAAAAGGCACCUGGCCAGAAAUCAGGGAUCAAGGUCAUUGAUAUAAUGCGCCACCAGCCCUAUCAAUUAAAGUCAGCCAUGUUCUGUUUUGGGGAUCCCCCAAGCCCCAGCACUCAGACUACUCCUGGUCAGCCAACCCCACAGGCUAGCUCAUCCUUCAUGGCAGCCAAGCAGGUCCCUGUGAAAAUAGCCAAGACCCAGGAAAUUCGUUGCUUCUCCACUCCAGCUCCCAUGCCAGCCUCCAGCAGCCUGGCACCCACUGUGCUUAUGCCUCGCUCAGCCACCACGCUGGAUGAGCCUUUGUGGAGAACAGAAAUGGCCUCUUCUGCCCCUGCUACACCAGCACCCUUCCAGGUGGAGCUCAGCCCCUCCCCUAAGCCAUAUCCGAGCUCCCCAGAGCCUGGGCAGAUGGGACAGGGACCUCCUCCAAACCCAGCCUCUGCCUCUCGGUUUCAGGUGGCCAGGCCCAAAUUCUCUGCAGCAAGAACAGGCAUGCAGGCCAAUGUGUGGAGGCCAAGUUUUGGUCAUCACUGAGGCAGGCACCGCUCCCAUCCUGUCUGUGGCCCCGCAGAGAUAGCGCUUGUUUUGUCUUUCAUGUCAGCUCAGUACUAUGGGAUGAGUGACACAAAAUGAAGAAAAAAACCCUCAAAAUAUUACUGCCCUUCUGCACCACCCCUUUCCCCAGCCUCCCCUUGGUCUCAGAUGGGAUAUUUCAUGGAAAGACUUACUGGCUGUGGCUACAGCAGGAGGAAGAAUGUGGAAGAGGGCACGUGUGUGGUACAUGAAGACUGGGAACUUGUACACAGCAGCAAAACCCACCUCCAGAGGGGGUGAAUGGCAGAGGUUAUCUCACAUGGAGACACACAUGAAGCAGUUUUCCUUUCUCAAGGGUUUUGGAGUCACCCCUGCGUGGAAGGAAACCAGGAGGCAAGAGCUUUCCAGGAAAAAAGGGUGAGAGGUGGGAUUACAGAACAGAAGCCCCAGCUUUCCCAUUAGACUAUUCUUCCCUGAUCCUCCCAGUCUGUACAUGUUCACUAGUGUAUGCACACACACA